AUGACAAUUCCAGCAAAUGUCCUGGAAGCCAACCAUAUAGCCGACACCCUGGCACAGGAAUGGAAGGAGGCAGAGUCCGCCCUUAGAAUGACAAAGGAAAGAAUGGCAGGAACCAGAGGCACCAUCCCCAAAUACUCCAUUGGGGAAAAAGUAUGGCUAGACGCAAAGAAUGUGAACAUUUGGUUGAAUUCAAACAAACUGGACCCCAAGCGUCUAGGACCUUUUGAAAUCACCAAGAAAAUCUCAAGCCACGUGUAUUGCCUAAAACUCCCCGCCACUCUGAAAAUCCACAAUGUGUUCUACGUAGGAUUACUAUCCAAGAGUCACAAAUCCCCAAGCCAACCAUUCCCAGACCAACCCCCUCCUGAGACAAUAGAAGGAGAAGAAGAAUACAAGGUUGAACAGAUCCUUGACUCAAAAAGACAAUGGGGGAAAUGGUUUUAUCUCAUCAAAUGGAAAGGAUAUGGACCAGAAGACAAUUCAUGGGAACCAGAAGAACUCCUGGAACAUAGUCAAGAAGAAAUCAGCCGCUUCAACAAAUCACAACUGAAAAAGGCUUGUGACUCCGCCAAGAGCCUUUAA